AUGAGGUUAUUGACUAAUUUUGACUGUCAGGCUGUGUGUCAAAUGACUUUCCCGCCUGGAAAUGAGAUUUACCGUCACGGAAAUAUUGCAGUGUUUGAAGUUGAUGGAAACAAUGACAAAAUUUACUGCCAAAAUCUCUGUUUGUUGUCACGCUUGUUUUUGCUGCACAAAACUCUUUAUUACGAUGUUGAACCUUUCAUGUUCUACGUGAUGAUUCUUCGCCCUCAGAGUGCUUCCGUCGAAGGGGACUUUGUGGGGUAUUUCUCGAAAGAAAAGAACAGCGGACAUAACUAUAAUUUAUCAUGUAUCAUGGUUCUCCCGGUUUUUCAACGUCGUGGAUUUGGACGUUUUUUGAUCGAAUUGAGCUAUGCUCUGUCACGGAGAGAAGGGAAGACUGGCUCCCCAGAGAAACCACUUACUGAACACGGGCGGGCUGCUUAUAUGGCAUAUUGGAAGUCAAGUGUGAUUAGAAGACUUUCUCUAGCUGAUUCAAAGUCGAUCACGAUUAAGGGUACAACCAGAUUUUAUUGCCAGUGUUGA